GUUGUUGUUAGCUUGCUAGCGCUGCUGUCAAACCUCCGUACAGUCACAGCAGCCAGCGUCCGUCUGUCUCUCCAACUAAUGCCACCAAGCGCCACACUUUACUUCUGUACGUCCAUUAAUAAUUCAGCCUGUGUUUCUGUGGACUUUUAUCAGAGUUAAAGGGAGUGUGAAUGUGUCUGUAAAAGGAGCUCGUUGGUCGUGAGGAGCUGAAGAAGAGGAUUUUCAUUUCCUGACGGAGACUUUGACAGUUAACUGCCGGGCUGGUGGGUCGGAGCCUCUCAACAUCACAAGCCAUGUCUCGUAGGAGUUCUCGCCUGGUGUCUGGCGGCUAUUACAACUCAGAUGAAGAAUCUGACUCAAGUAGCGUGACAAACAUUUCCUACCGGGAAAACCCUGUCAAGGUUUUUAAGAAGAAGGUGGGGAACCGUAAGAGUGGUUCUCGUACCCCCACCAAAUCCAAGAGCAAUGCCAGAACUUCCACCCCUGAGCCGCUGGACACUGCAGGCCAGUAUGACGGCCUGACUCCUUCUCCCCUGAGCAUCCAGACCCAGACAACCAUGAGGACGGUCCCCUACAUUCCCGCCGUGGCGACCCCUCGGCCUGCCCUGACCCCAUCAUCGUCUCGGAGUCAAACGCCAACACGUUCCCCGUCAGUACCUCCAGAGACCAGCUCCUACUCUGGGCUGUACAGCUCCAGCAGCAGAGCGGGAUUACACCUCAGACCAAACCUCAAGGAGCUGAGUCAGAGCAGCGUGGACAGCUCAGGGUACUCGUCCUCUGAGGGGACGCACAGGAAGUCCUCAGCCACCACCACCACCACCACCACCACCACCAGCAGCAGGCUCCACAGUACCAGUGGAGCUCUCAGUGGAGCUCCCAGUGCUGGAUACAGAAGCAGAAUCAGCAGUGCCUUCUUAAGCCUGAUGGACUCGUUCUCAUUGACAGCCGCUGCAGUUCACUCUAAAUUAACCCAUCUUCAGACAUCUUUAGCUAAUACGUCACUCAGCAGUAAGAUGAAGAAGGCGUGUGGUCUACUUCUCCUCCUCCUCAUCUUACUUUUAUGUAUUUGGCUCCUCCUCCCUCUGUUGACCUCUUUCAUCUCCCGUAUGACUGUCACAAAGACCCCAUCACAAACCAAACCUCAGAUUCAACCUGUUGUUCGUGCACCUCCUCCUCCUCUUCCUCAACCCAACAUCAUGCCUCCUGCACCAGUGGUGGAUCCAGCCAUUGUGUCUGCAGCUGUAGAAGUGAAGAUGCAGCGUCUUAUGCAAGAGCUUCAGGUGAAGCAUCAGGAUCUGCAGCUGAAACAGGAGCACCUUCUCUCCCAGAUGAAGGAGAGACUACAGCUGGACAUGCAGGACUUGAAAGCCAAACUUGAGGUUGUGGACUCAAACAGUCGUCUGCAUCUGGAGCAGGAGCUGGCCGGGUUGGGCAGGAAGAUGGAGGGUUACCAGACAGACAGCAGCAACUCUGCUGCCGGUCUUAGCCUUAGGAUCCACGCUUUAGAGGCCCAGAAUGCCAAGCUGUCCCAGGAGUUGUCCUCCAUCCAGCUGAUGCCUCCUCCAGCCCCCUGCCCCGAUGCAAGCUCCACUCCCGUCCAAAACCAGCUCACCCCAGAGCUCCAACUGGCCCUGGAGGCAUGGUUCACAAACCGCAUCAAGGAGCAUGAUGCGAUCCGUCUCGGGGACAAAGCAGCUGCAGGCGCCUCAGAGUGUGGACGUCCCAUGGCAGAUAAAAUGGCAGACUUUGCUCUGGAGACUCAAGGUGCCAGUGUGAUCAGCACCAGGUGUUCAGAGACGUACCGUAUCCGUUCAGCUUGUGUGACCCUGUUUGGUUUUCCUCUGUGGUACCCGUCUGAAAGCCCGCGCACCGUGAUUCAGGGCUUCCCGGUGCUGCUCCCUGGGAAAUGCUGGGCGUUUCACGGUGUCCAGGGGACUCUUGUGAUCUCUCUGUCGCACCCCAUCAAGAUAACUCAUGUGACUCUGGAUCACCUGCCGCGCUACAACUCCCCUACCGGCCGCAUCGACUCCGCCCCCAAAGACUUUGAAGUCUAUGGAAUGAAAAAUGACACAGAAGAAGGAACUCUGCUCGGGACUUUCACUUAUGAGGAAGACGGUGAAUCAACGCAGACGUUCAAGCUGCCCAACCCUGAUGACGUUGUGUAUCGCUGCAUGGAGCUGCGUGUCCUCACUAACUGGGGUCAUGUCGAAUACACGUGUCUUUACCGCUUCCGUGUCCACGGACAGAUCGCCUCCACAUGAGACUCCAGAUCCUCUGCAGUGAAUUCAAACAUAUCUUGAAGCACAUUUUCAACAUGCUUCCCUUUCUAAGAAAACAAAAUGAAGUUGUGGAAUCAGGGUCAAAUGCUACUGAAGAAAGUGUUCAGUGUGAGUACUGCCACUCCCUUUGCUUCAAUGUAAGUGACAGUCAAAGAGUUUCUUGUUGCACUAUAACGUCGGUGCACGCUUUGAUGACUUUGUACAGAAAAGAAUGUAAAUGACGUUUUAUUCAAACCAAAUAUCUACCUAGUCAAACCACCUUUGAGCGUAAGGUUCUGGAAACUUUAUGUUCUGCAUCAUUUGAGAGUGCCAUAGAGUAAGUGUUGUUGUUGCUGUUACUGAAUGAUAUUGCUGUUUAUCAGGGGUUUGUUUUCGUUGACGUAGAGCUCUGGGGUUUUAUUUUGAGAUUUAAAAAACAGCACUUCCAGGGUUGAAGUGAAAUAAGAAGAUAUAUAGAGUACAAGUCAAAAGUUUGGACACACCUUCUCAUUCAAUGUUUUUUUAUUUAUUUUAAUUAUUUUCAACAUUGUAGAUUAAUAGCACCCUCUCCUUCACCUCCCAUAUCAACCACGUCACCCGGUCCGCCUACUUUCACCUCCGCAAUAUUAACCGUCUCUGUCCUUCACUCACUCCCCACUCCACUGCCAUUCUUGUUCACAGCCUUGUCACCUCCAGUUUGGACUAUUGCAACUCCCUUCUGUUUGGUCUUCCCCACAAAACCCUCCAUAAACUUCAACUGGUUCAAAACUCAGUCGCCCGUAUCAUCACACGCGCCGCCUCCUUCCACCACAUCACACCCAUCCUGCAACAGCUCCACUGGCUCCCCAUCACAGACCGGAUCAACUACAAAAUACCUCUCCUCACCUUCAAAUCCAUACACAACCUCGCCCCCUCCAUAUCUCUCUGACCUCCUCCAUACUGCCACACUCGUCCGCACCCUCAGAUCUUCCUCCUCCAUCCACCUCACUGUCCCCCCUGCUCGCCUUGUUACCAUGGGGAGCAGAGCCUUCAGCCGCUCUGCUCCCCAGCUCUGGAACUCUCUCCCACCUGACCUCCGCAACACUGACUCACUCCCACAUUUUAAAUCCAAACUCAAAACUCAUCUGUUUAAACUGGCUUACUCCAUCUGACCACAACUCCUCUGUCCAUUCACUUAAAACUUUUUAAACUGUGUUUUAUUUACUGUUAGUUAUUUAAACUCUGUUUGUUUUUAAUGUUGUAAGGUGACUUUGAGUGCCAAGAAAGGCGCCUAUAAAUAAAAAGCAUUAUUAUUAUUAUUAUUAUUAUUAUUAUUAUUAAUACUGAAGACAUCAAAACUAUGAAAUAAUCUGGUUUUGCCAUAAUCUGGAUUACAACAGUAGUCAAAUAGGGCGAUCCAUUGUGUACUAACCCUGCCUCUGAACAACACAACUGAUGGUCUCAAACACAUUAAGAAGGCAAGUCAUUCUACAAAUGAACUCUUGACAAGGCUCAUGUUAAGACCUGAAACGCCUGCUAAAAACACCUUUAAAAACCUAAGCAUAAAUUGUACACAACCUCUGACAACCUGAAGAUUUUCUGGGAAAAAAUCUUGAGUUGUCAAAUUUCACUAAAACCUUUCUAUCUCAGCCUCUGGAGCAGAUAGAAACAUGAAAUGAAAACCAUUUGAUAGUUUAGAUUUUGGAACAUCAAUACUUUGCUCUUAGGUGCAUUAACAUUUUUUUAAAAAAUCAUCAAACAACAAAAAUAUAAAAAAUAUAAAUUAAAAUGAUUACAAAAUAUUUUUUCCUGCAAGUGGCAGUGUAACAAAGUGACAAGUGGAACAAUGCAACAGAUAAAUCAACAAAAAUGAAACAACAAAUGUUAUGAACAGUUAAUGUGGGCCAUGUCAACACACUAAGUCAGCUGAUGUCGCCGGACAUGCUUGCCAAAGCACUCAAUGUGGAGAGCCUCUUUGCGCUGCCUGCAGCCUAAGACGGUGGCAGUGGCACGAGCAUCAGUGCCACUUCUUGAAAUGACCUACACGUUGCAUCCGGUCUUAAAGGGAAAUACGCGUAUACGUUGCAUUCGGUCUAAAUGGUUUAGAAACCAUUCCAGGAGUCCACUUCAUGAAGCAGACUGAGAGAAUACCAAGAGUGUGCAAAGUUGUCAUGAGGGAAAA